CGCUAAUUUUUGCCGCCGCGUUUUUUCUUUCCCUCUCGCCGAAUUUUUUUUUGCCGCCGCAUUCCCCUUUACCUUCUCGAUCCCUGAGCAUUUCCGUCCCUCUUUUCUCACAAUCUCUUGCUCACCGAAGUCGCGCAGGAGUAGCAGCAGCCGGGAAGAGCAAUUGUAGGGCGACAACGAGGGUUUGGAUCAUGGGAGCGUGUGGACAUAUCCGACUGUGGAGGACGGCGUUGGGGAACAAGGCGGCGACCUAGGAUCGGCGCUAGACGAGACUCGUCGGAGAUCGACCAUGUCAUCUUUCGCCCUGCUCCACUCCUCCCCGCAGCCUCCUUUUUUUUCCCUGCGCCACGACACCAUGAACCUUCCUAGGGUUUUGAUUUCUCUACAAGACGGCGACAACAUUGGACUCUUUUGUGAAAUCCGACGGCUGAGUGAGUCGCUUUCCCAUGAAGCAGGGCUUUGCAUGGGAGGGGAAACGACGCCAACUCGUAGCCGUAUGGGGUUCGCCAUUCGUCAUCGCGUCGCCCUUUGAAAUCGCAGGCCCUACUUCCACAUCUUUAUCAUCCCGCCUAUCUGAAGUCAAUCCAAUGGCAAUUCGCUCAUUUGAAGCAUCCUGGAAAUCAAAUUAUUCACUGAAAGAGAACAAGGACAUCCUAACUAGCUGGGAAGAUGUCAUUGCUGGAAUAGUCAAAAGUCUUAUUAAAGAGCAAAGCCCUAAACAAUUAUAUAUCAUCCGUGGGAAGCUCAAGAAUCUUAUUGAGCACGAUGUUUCACCAGAUUUUAUAUUCAGCACCCUUUUUGAGGAACUGAAGAAACAUUUGGAUGAACAUCUGAAAGCCAAGGCUGAAUUCCUCUAUCAUAAAUACCAAUAUCAACAAGAUUCUGAUAAAUGGAAUGACUCGAAGAAGAACCUCCGUUACUUCAUGAGGAUCGAAGAAUUUACUGCUCAUUUUAAGAGUUUGUACAAGUCAUUCAUCACGAAGAGCGACACCGAACCCAAGCACUGAACAGGCACAGUACGAAUUGGUAGAACAUUCAGAAUUGCUGAUAAUCUCACUCAAGGUUCCUCCUUUGGAAAUCAAUUCUUAGGAUACUUUGUUCAGUGAUGGUGGGACAGGUAACAUAGUUCUGAUUUCGUCCCUUUUUUUCCCUCUUUCCUGGCGCAAGUCGUCAUGUUUGCCAGCAUCUUUGCCAGCAUGAUUUAGUUUACAAAUCAGUGGUUCACGAUCUAUCCGCUUAGGAAUACGAAGAUUCAGAAUUGUUGUUUUAUUUAUCUCGACCUCUAUUACGUGAAAUGUCUGUCUAGAAAUUGCUUCUGCUGGUAUGGAAUUAAUAUUUGUUUAUGUUGAUUAAGCGUUCAAUCUGGGAGAUUCCUGAAUGUGUAAUGACGGAAUGCACAAAAUUUUCUUUCAUCUUUUUUUUUCCCAUUCAAUUUAUGUUUGUUUUAGAGCAACAUAACACCUCACUUGAAGUGCUUCUAGUUCGUUUCCCCCCCUUCUUUUCGGUGAAGAAAAUGAGUCCUUUCAUUUGUACUUCUGCACCUAUAUCCAUAUUAUUCUAUGUGAAGUAGGAAAGACAACAUUUGUGCAGAGACAUUUGACUGGUGAAUUCGAGAAGAAGUGUGAGCAUGAGUAUCAUGUUAAUUUGAAAUUUUUAUUUGUUUUGAUGGGUAAUAUAUGCAUCAUAUUAUCUUGGGGGCUUUUCAGCUACUAUUGGCGUUGAGGCCCGUCCCUUGUAUUUCUUCACAAACUGUGGGAAGAUUAGAUUUAAUUGUUGGGAUACAGGCGGUCAGAAGAAAUUUGGUGGUCUGAGGGAUAGAUACUAGUAAGUUCUGGCUAAUGUUCUUUAUCAUCAUCGAGAUUUCUGGCGGAUGAAACAGGCUAGUUCCAUUUUCGCACAUGCUGCUGGUCAUUUUGAUAUCAUUAGCUUUCUUAUUAAUAUGUACAAUUUAUUUAAGAUUGAAGAUCUUCAGAUGGUUACGUGAAAUGUUUGUUGUUUUAUUGCCCAGAGAAAUGGUCUGGACAAAAGCUAUCAGCCAGAGUCACUCACUUCAAUAGCUGGGUGUCUGCUUCUGUCACAACUCCGUAGGUAAUUAUUGCAGCCAUUCCUACUAUAGUUGGUGAAAACCUUAACGUGUUCAUGACUUUAAAAUAGUAUAUUCCAGUUUUUCUUAAGGUGUCCUCAAGAGUAUUGGGAAGAAUGCCGACAAGCUAAAAAAAUGGAGAGACUUUAACAAAU